AUGGCGAAGAAGCACGCUAGCGACGUGCAUCUCGAGGAGGCUUCAACAGUUCCACAUCUCGAAUCUCUUGGACAGCCGACCCGAGAACUCGAGCAUGCCUACAUCGAACACUUGGCCUCGCUUACAGAGCAACCGCCCCCAGGCGGACAUCGAGAACCGUUUCACAUCUGGGCAUGGCUCGGUAACGCUGAUGCAAGGCCAGCUCCUCUCAACGAAAAGAUGCCACUCCUCCUCGCGCCCGACGAUUCCGUGUCAGAAUCUCUGGUGGCAGAAAGCGUCGCUGCUACUCUGAUACACAACGGUUUCGCCAGAAUCGCUGAUACUCCCACGUCGUCCGGAUGGCUCGAGCUCGACCUCUCCUGGCUCUUGCACAUGGAAGACUCCGAAUUCGGCGUUCGUAAACGCCGAUUUACCGAUCAGGGAUCUCGCUUCCUGAUCGUGCCGACGAAGUUCAUGAAACAGGGCAUCUCGCUGGGCAAAACUAGCAUGCAGAGGCUGAACAUGAGACUAGUGCGCGAGGAUCCGGGCACAACACCACAUCUGGAGAUGGGCGAAUUUCAGGGGUGGCACGCCCGGCUGAAGUGUUUGUCGAAGGACUCCCAUCGAAACUACGCUACCAAGCCCUUCGAAAGGCUUUGCAGACUGGCGGAAGAAUCCUACCUUUAUUUGGAGAGAAGGCGGGUCUCGGAAAGCGAUAUCGAUCGGAACGAACGCGGCAGGCGCGGAGCUCCCGACUGCUACCGCCCGUCUAGGGACAGGCGCACGUCGCAGAUUGCGGGUUCAACGACUCCUCCUCGUGAGGAGAGACACUACGGUCAAAGUGCGGAGCUGCUAGGUCCCAUCUCGGGCUCUGAGCAUUCGCGCCGCGAAUUCUCCAGGCUCGGGGACAGAGCAAUCAGAGGUGUCGCUUCCGACCAAGACACGAGAGAGGUCGAGCACCACUCCGUUGCUCCUUUCCCGAGGACACGUCACGCCGACACGCCGCAUCCUUCCACGACCUCCACAGAACAAGAGGCUCGACACUUCAGAGAGCAGUGGGAGAGAGAGCGAGAACGCUCAACCGAUCGCAGCACCGCGGCCCGUGGCGCCGACACUGUCGACCUUGACUAUGGUUCGCCGCUGACCAGGACCACCUUGGCACAGGUGGGCGCAUACGAAGACGACGACGACUAUUCGGACGAGGUUGACGAGCUCGCCGACGCUUAG